UCUUCCGCGCAUGUCAAACGACACGUGCGUCGGCUGUGUAUGACGGUGGGGAUCGCUGCGUGCUCCUGUUAACUUCUCAAUUUGUUGAUAAUUGCGUUCCCUUAAACUUCAGUGGCGGGUCACACAACUUUUGAAAAUGGGAGGCCUUCAAAAGAAAAAGUUCGAGAGGGGCGCAGCCACCAACUACAUCACCAGAAACAGAGCUCGCAAGAAGUUGAUGCUGAGCCUCCCAGAUUUCAGGCGACUAUGCAUCCUGAAAGGCAUCUAUCCUCACGAGCCGAAGCACAAGAAGAAGGUGAACAAAGGCUCCACAGCACCGAGGACCUUCUACCUGAUGAAGGACAUCCGCUUUCUGCUGCAUGAACCAAUUGUUGGGAAGUUCAGAGAAUACAAGAUAUUUGUGCGAAAACUUAAGAAGGCCUAUGGAAAAACAGAGUGGUCUACAGUGGAAAGACUGAGAGAGAAUAAACCGACCUAUAAAUUGGACCACAUCAUCAAAGAAAGGUACCCCAGCUUCAUUGAUGCUCUCCGUGACAUCGACGAUGCCCUCUGCAUGUGCUUUCUCUUCUCCACGUUCGCCAGAACAGGAAAGUGUCACGUGCAGACAAUCCAGCUGUGCAGACGCCUCUCUGUGGAGUGGAUGAACUACGUGAUUGCAUCUCGUUCUCUCCGAAAGGUUUUCAUCUCCAUCAAAGGAAUAUAUUAUCAAGCCGAGGCGAUGGGACAGCUCAUUACAUGGCUGGUGCCAUAUCAGUUCUCCCAUGAUCACCCAACAGAUGUUGACUACAGAGUAAUGGCAACUUUCACAGAGUUUUACACCACUCUCCUGGGAUUUGUCAACUUCAGACUCUACCAUUCUCUCAACUUGCUCUACCCACCAAAGCUGGAUGCUAAAACACAGUCAGAGCUGAAGGAAGAGGAUGAGGAGGACUAUGCCAUGGAUUCAGAAAGCUACAUAGAGAAACUGUCAGCUCUGAGUGCCAGUCUGGCACGGGUGGUUUCUUCUGCAGAUGAGGAGGACGCUGAACUCGACCAGUUUCCUGUUGAAGGGGAGGACAUGGAAAAGAUGGAGGCUAGAGAAAAGGAACAGAAGCAGCAGGAAGCCCAGAGAAAGAUGUUCCAGGGGCUCAAAUUCUUCCUCAACAGAGAAGUGCCCAGAGAGUCGCUGGCUUUUGUCAUCAGGUGUUUUGGUGGCGAGGUGUCCUGGGACAAGUCUAUUUGCAUCGGUAGCACAUACGAUGUGACUGAUGAAACGAUCACACAUCACAUAGUUGACAGACCCAACAUCGACAAACAGUACAUCAACAGGUACUACAUCCAGCCCCAGUGGGUGUAUGACUGUGUCAAUGCCAAAAUCCUGUUGCCUGUUGAGGACUACUUCAUUGGGGUGACUCUACCCCCCCACCUGUCUCCCUUCGUGGAGGAGAAGGAGGGCGACUACGUGCCCCCAGAGAAACUCAAGAUUAUGGCCUUACAGCGAGGAGAAAAACCUGCCAAUGAACAGGAAGAAGACAAUGAUGAGGAAGAAGAGGAGGAUGAAGACGAUGAAGAAGAAGAAGAGGAGGAUGACAAUGCUGAUGAAGAGGAAGAUGAUGAAGAAGAAGCUGAAGAGAAAAACCUGAAGGAGAUGGAAGAUAAAAGAUCUCAGGGGAAGUCUCUGCAAGUCAAAGUGACACCUGGAAAAGUAAAAGUAGAAAAUCCAGCCCGCUUGGAGCAGGAGGAGAAAGCAGAGGAGAAACGUCUGGCUAUCAUGAUGAUGAAGAAAAAGGAAAAGUACCUCUACGACAAGAUCAUGUUUGGAAAGAAAAGAAAAGUCAGAGAGGCUAAUAAGCUUGCUGCAAAGAGAAAGGCCCAUGAUGAUGCUGAAAAAGCGAAGAAGAAAAAGGCCAGAAAAUAAUGAUGAUGUCCUCUUCAGACUGACUAUGUAUUUAACUUGAUGAGGGAGAGUGUAGACUGCACUACAGGUUGGCAUGUCAUGAAAAACCCGUAAGUGUAAUGGAGCCCUCUGUGUAUGACAAACAUGCACCAUGAAUUGGGUGCAUUGACCUCUGCAUAAUUUCAAACUGAAAUGCAGGAUGUUUCAUAUGCUAAUUGUGUAAUUAUUGAUGUAAAAGUAAUGUUUCAUGUUGUUUGUAUGAACUCUGCUCUGCUGUUCUACAUUAUACAAGUCAUCUUUCUCUUUAUUUUAAAGUCUGUACUUGAAACACUUUGUAUUUUAAAGUAAAAACAGUGUAUUGAACCUGA